UGGAGAGCAAAAGGACCGGGAGGGACAGCAGAAAUGUGGGAGAAGCAUGGCGCGGCAGCACGACCACAUAGGGGGAUCUCAGUCCACCAAAAGGAGUUAUCUUCGGAACAAAGUCCAGGUUGACGAGUCGAGCUAACGCUUGCUGUCUGGAGGGUUUUCAUUUCGCUCUGCUUUCGGUAAUCGGUGCGCACUCAACGCUCGUGUUGGUCUCUGUCUGCAGAAGUCUGAGGCGAACCCGGUCUGACAGAAGAAAAGGGCGGCUCAGCAUGAGUCGAGAUGGGUGGGCAAAGAAGAGAGCCAAUGCCAGUGAUGACAAUGGUUGGGCUGAACGGGGCGGGUACAUGGCUGCCAAAAUGUCGAAGCUGGAUGAGCAGUUUAAAUUUGAUGCCCCCACAGAGAAACUGAAGGACGGUUCAUACUCCAACAUUUUUAGUGGAGUUUCCAUCUAUGUCAAUGGAUACACAGAGCCAAGUGCAGAUGAGCUGCGCAGAUUGAUGAUGCUGCACGGUGGACACUUCCACGUGUACUACUCUCGCUCCAAGACCACCCACAUCAUCACCAACAACUUGCCCAACUUCAAAAUUCAGCAGCUCAAUGGGGAAAAGAUCAUUCGGCCACAGUGGAUCUCUGACAGUAUCAAGGCCGGGCAUCUCCUGCCUCACCAACAGUACCAGCUGUACACAAAACUGAAAGGCCCACUCUUCCCUGGCACGACUCUGCGCCAGACGUCAGAGAUUGCCGGACCCAGCCAUGGUCUGCUUCAGCCGAGCGUCCAUCAAAAGCUUCAUCUGCCACAGCGAAGCCUUCAGCACUCUGUAGUCGAGUACGAGGAGUCCUCGUCCGGCUGCCAGAAUACCUCCAUCCCUAACGCCAGCCACAGUCCACUUUACCACGGCAACGUCCAACCUCAGUCCAUCCAGCACAGCUCUGCUGUUCGCUUCAUUAACCCCCCACCCAGUGACUUACCGUCCACUUUCCUCGAUGCAGAUCCCAGACACAGAAGUCUGCUGUCUAACCCAAGCCCCACAAAGCCCCCACAGUCUACUCUUCAAACGCCUCAUACUAAUCUCCAGCACCAGAGAGCUUACCAACCACAACCUCAGAACAACUCUUCUUGCAACACUGGCCAGAGUGGCGACAAGGAAGUGGAUUUAAAAAGAAACGGAUUACUUCAGACCUCAUUGGAAUUGAUCAGCCAUUCAAAAGUGAAUGAAAUGCAAGAGUGUGGCAAAGGUGAUCCUUUCCCGCAGGUGGUGAAGGAAGCGCAUCUGACAAAUGGACACACUCACCUUGUUAAUGGUGCCUUAAAGCCAGAGGACCGGCCCUCACUGACUGAAGAACCCUCUGUUGACAAGGACCUGCCUCAACGCAGAUUCGAGAGUCCAGAGGAUAAACCUCAGAGUCCUUCAGUACAGUUCCAGACCAAACCUGACCCGUAUGAGUUUCCUCACAGUCCUCCGAAGCAAUCGGACUCGUCUCCUGUCUCUCUGAAGCAAUCCAAUUCUCACGGAGCCAACGAGCCGAGAGCCAAAACUCCACCACCUACCUACCACGAGGCCACCGGCACAGAAAAUCAUCCGCUCCCAAAACCGCUGCAGCAACCCAUUCGACUGAACGGGAGUCACCACAAUGCCUUGUCAUCGGACCCUGCCUCGUUAAACACAACCAACGUAAUAGCCAAACCUGAUCCUCCCGCCGAAAAGGCCUCGUCGCCGUCAAAGUCUUCGGCACAGCUGCUGUCUCGGACAGGCAGUUUGAUCUCCGAGUACUACUCUCACUCGCGUUUACAUCAGAUCUCCACGUGGAGGUCUGGCUUCUCCGAGUAUGUCAAUGAGCUGCACGGCAAGCAGAAAGCAGCGGCGGGUGACUCUUUUCCUGGGAAAGACCGACUGAGGAAAUAUGUGGCCCAUCACUCUACAGACAGUCGAGGUACGACAGCACCUGCGUGCCUCAAGUCUUGUAUUUUCCAUGUGGACAUGGACUGUUUCUUUGUGUCUGUGGGGAUCCGUCAUAGACCAGAGCUCAAAGGGAAGCCCGUGGCUGUGACCAGUAGCCGUGGACAGGGGAGCGUGCCCCUGAGGCCUGGGGCCCAACCUCAGCUGGAGCAGCAGUACUAUCAGAGGAAACACAAUCAUCCUAAACCUGAACGAGCAGAUGAGGAUCCACACAGAACUCCUUCACAAGAGAGUUCUGACUCCCACUCUAACGGAGUGGACCAGGAUGUUGCUACUCUCUCAAUGGCAGAGAUUGCAUCCUGCAGUUAUGAAGCCAGGCAGGUGGGUGUGAAGAACGGGAUGUUUUUUGGCAAAGCUAAACGGCUGUGUCCCUCCCUGCAGUCUGUCCCAUAUGAUUUUGAGGCCUAUAAAGAGGUGGCCCUCACCAUGUAUGAGACUCUGGCAGGGUACACCCAUGAUAUCGAAGCUCUGAGCUGUGAUGAAGUGUUGAUAGACGGUUCCGCUCUCCUCGCCGAGUUGAACAUCAACCCGGAAGAGCUAGCCAAUGCGAUCAGAGCGGACAUCAAGGAGAAAACGGGAUGCUGCGCUUCAGUGGGCAUGGGGUCCAACAUCCUGUUGGCUCGCCUUGCCACCCGUAAGGCCAAGCCAGAUGGGCAGUACCUCCUAAAGUCUGAAGAAGUGGAUGAUUUCAUCAGGGACCUGCCAGUGACCAGCUUACCAGGUGUUGGGCCGGUUAUGGGCAGAAAACUUACUGCUACGGGUGUGAGGUCCUGUGGGGACCUCCAGCAGGUGUCUCUGUCUCAGCUGCAAAAGAAGUUUGGGCCCCGGACAGGACAAACCCUGUUCCGCUUCAGCAGAGGCCUGGAUGACCGGCCUGUCCGCUACGAGAAGGAAAGGAAGUCCGUCUCAGCUGAGAUGAACUACAACAUCCGCUUUACUGGGGUUGAUGAGGCAGAGUCUUUCCUGACUAACUUGUCCAUGGAGGUGCAAAAGCGUUUACAAGAAGCAGGGCUGCGGGGUCGCAGAGUUACCCUCAAAGUCAUGGUUCGCAAGGCUGGAGCGCCACUGGAAUCGGCUAAAUACGGUGGUCAUGGCAUAUGUGAUAACCUAGCCAGGACUGUGAUGCUCGCUCAGUCCACUGACAGUGGUCAGCUGAUUGCCGCUGCCGUCAUCAAGCUGUUCCAUGCCAUGAAGUUGCAGGUUCAGGAAAUGAGAGGAGUCGGCAUCCAGGUUCAGCUUUUUGACGGACAUCCCUCUGUCCCUCGGAACUCUGCGGGCCCCGGGACACGCUCCAUCAAAGAGCUGUUGCUAGGCCGGGGAUUAAGUGUGCGAUCUCGCAACAGAGGCCCGUCAUCGGUCUCCUCUUCACACCCUCGGGCCUCUCCCGAGCCGGUCCCAGGAACAAGCAGAGACCAGCAGGCAUGCAACCGAACUCCGAAACAUUCUCGAGCGCGUCUCAACUUCAGCAUCGAGGUCCCCUCCCCUUCGCAGGUGGAUCGUUCCGUGUUGGAGGCGUUGCCCGUGGAGCUGAGAGAACAAGUGGAGCGGUCAUGGAGUGACCGUGAUGGGAGACCAAGUAACCAUCAGUCGCCCAGUCCACAGCCCUCCUCUCCGAGGGCUCGUCCUACCUCCCCUCCUCAUCCUCCCGCCCUGUACGCUCCACCUGUUGGCACGUUGCUUCUACAGAUUCCAAACCAACCAGACAGUCUGGGAAUUGUACUGGAGCUACCAAGUUUCUCGCAGGUUGAUCCAGACGUAUUUGCCGCCCUUCCCAAAGAGCUCCAGGCCGAGCUGAAGUCCGCCUACAACCGCGUAACUAAUGUCCAGCCUCAGGAAAAAAUAUCAGUUGAUCAGAAGAAUCCACUGUUACAGCUAAAGCAGUCAGGAAUCGGAGUCGUCAUUGGUCGAGUGAAGCGGCGCUACAAGAGAAAAAAUGCAACGAGCCCUGUGAAAAAAGGUCCUUCCCCUCUGAAGAGGCGUCACGCGGCAAACAGCCCAGGCAAAAUGCUCCCACCCUCUAUAAAAUCACGGGAAACCAUGAACAUAUUACGGGCUGAAAAUGGUCCCUCGACAUCAACCUCAAAACCAGACAUCCCAGAGCCUCUGGCCAAAUUCAUCCCUCGCCCUGCUCCAGUGUUGGCCGGCGCCUAUGACUUGACGGACAUUAGAACACUUCUACGGGAAUGGGUCACCACCAUAACAGACCCAAUGGAGGAGGACAUCCUGCAGGUGGUGAAAUACUGCACUGAUCUAAUUGAGGAUAAAGAUCUGGAGAAGUUGGAUUUAAUUAUAAAAUAUAUGAAGAGGCUCAUGCAGCAGUCGGUGGAGUCUGUUUGGAGUAUGGCUUUUGACUUCAUCCUGGACAAUGUGCAGGUGGUUGUGCAGCAGGCUUAUGGUAGCACCCUGAAGGUAGCAUGAAGGAGGCGGGAGUUCUUCUUUCACUGCGUGAUCCCACUCCACCCCCACUCACAAGGUUUCACAAGGUCAUCUGCAAUACGAAGUAUGACGUCUACAACUUCAGGUUCUCAGUGGCCUCCUGAGAACGAGACGUACAGCGAUGUUUUUUUCUUCUUUUUUCACACCAUAUGAGAAAGUGUUACAUGAGCCAUGACCAUAUUUGAGUUUGGACAGUUCAUCUUCUACUGUACUUGCUCUUUUAAGGGACAAGUAACACAAACUGAAAGGCAGAAAAUUUACUUUGAAUCUACUUUGCCAAAAACAGUGAUAAUUGUAGCGGUUUUUUUUGCUAAUUCAUAAUCUGUCAUUUGGAGUUCUUUUAUAAAUAAAUGUGACAUUUUAUAUAAGGAUUUUGCUGAACUAUUUCUUAAACAAGACAUGCUUUUACAGGGUUUUACAUGUCUGUCCUGAUGAGUGUUUUUUGAAAUAGCAGAUGACUUCUGCUCUGUGUUCCUACGGUUUAAAUAUUGUUACACAGGCACAUUCUGAGGGUUUCUUUACCACGUAUGCAGUGGAAUCAGUCUAGGUUUCAAAUAACGACUGUGAUAAACACAAUCAUCAUGUUUAGACGUCACUUAAAGCACUUUUGUUUUGUUUUGAAAUAGUUAGUGUAGCACUAAGACAUCAGACUUUAUCUUGCGAGAAAUUGUAAGAAUAAAAUAUAUUGUUUUUCAUCAACAUUUCUUUGGAGCGCCAUGCCACUAGUACUGACCUGUGAACUAUUUAACCAUCUAAAAUAUGGUCUGCUGCAUACAGUAGUAUCUUUUUUCUUGUCUCUUGCAGAAAAAGUGCCAAACCGUGUUAUUAUAGUAUGUAAAUAAUGUUUUUAAAGAUACUUGUUAAAAGUUUUAAAAGAAAAGAUGUAAUUGAAGGGUGUAACUCCUUGUAUUGUUUACAUGUAGUGAAUUCUUAGUAACCGUCUUGAAAUUGUAAAAUCUUCUCUCUUUAAUUGCUUGUGGGUGUUGCAUCAUGGAAAUCUGAAGCUGGUCAAAGCUCUUCAUUUGAGGUUAACUGUUGAUUCUCAGUAGCACUCUGACUUGGGAGGAUGUCGACAGGGGUUAUGCCAAUCAAUAAGUAGCCUAUGCAGUUAUGUUUUUCAUUAGCAAGCGAGAUGCCCCUUCAAGAUAAUGGAACAUUUCAUACAGCCUUUGUAUCUGAAGUCAAUCUUUUCUAGUGUUUCCAGCCUAGUUACCUGUUUUACAUAUCUGAAUAUUGAAAUACUUAUGGAUUUGCAGAGAAAUAGGUGACCUUAAUUGAAAACUCAACGUAUGUACUUGUGUACAUUAUACAUUGGAGACAUUUGUACGUCUGGCUAAAUCAUUGUAUUUCUGUGACGUUAACGCUCAUGAUUGGUGAUAAGUAGUACUCAGCAGAUGCGGCUGGCUGGCUUGUGAUCUCACCAUCUCAGACGUGUGUGUGGUGGAAACGUUUGUUUUAAAGCAGUGUCCCCUAUAUGCAAACCAAAUCAAUCAUUUUGGUCGUCAGUCAAUGUUUUUUAACUUGUUAAAAUGAAUGUAAUUCAGAAUGUGCAAGUCUCCACUCACUUUCAAGAUGUUUGCUUCUCUUCACCCGUCAUAUCUCUCCAGAAGUUACAAUUGGCCAGUCUUGUCUUCUAUAAACUGGCUUGUGCCUGAAGACCUAAAGCUGUGAACUUGUUUGUAAGUUUUUUUAAAUCUUGGUAAUAAACUGUAAACUUUG